GCGAGACCUCCCAGCAGCAGGCUGGGCAGGCUGCCCCUCUCUGCUGCUCCCGUCUCCUGCAGCCCCUCGCGCACACGCUCUCUGCUGCUCCUCCUGCAGGUCCAGGCACCUACACACUGCCCAGGCUGAUGGGCCCCAAUACAGCCUGCACGUCGGCCAGCCCCUGCUACUCCAUGAGGGGAAGGAGCCAGCGCGGCCGCUUUGACGAAGACCUUGCCAAGACUCCAGGUCCUGCGGCGUUGCCCAAAGUCGCUGUGGAUACCUACAAGACCAGGGCGCCCGCGUACACCAUGGCGGCCCGACCAAAACCUGCGGAGGGCAAAGCAGCGAAGCCCGGGCCGGCAGACUACAGCGUAGGCCGGGUAAGGCAGCUAGCUGCUUAG